GGCUAUACCGUCCCGCUGUCUCCUGAUACGAGCUUACCGGUCGAAAAAUUACAAUUGUUGACCUUCACACCAACAGUUUACGUGCCGACGAGUUCUGGUGAGAAAAUUUCUCUGUAAAAUGACCAUUUAUGGAGCAAGUCGAAAAUCGCUUCAAAGUGGCUGAAGAGUUUGAUAGCUAAUGUGAAUUAUUGAAAUUGUUAAUAAUUAUUAAUAAUUUAAAAUUGACUUUCCACCGUUUGACUCUAUGGUAAACGACAUCACCGAGAUGUGUGACUUCUGUUUUGUUUUUCGUUUUUCGUUGACACACCACGGGGAAAGAUUCCAUAUGAAGCAGACACUGAAAUCAAAGUAUAAAACAUUUUUGUUUGGUAUAGAAAAUUCGGACUAUUAUGCCGUAAUAUCUGGAGUGACAAAUUGCUCUAAAUUUUGGUGCGAAAUCUCAGCGUUUACACAUAAUUUCAAAAUCGCUAUGGUAACGUUCCGAAUGGCUCCGCAGUGCCAAUAUGGCGUCACCGUUUCAAGAAAGAGCUGCUAGACACAGGAAUGACUCCGAUCUUUUAUUGAAAGAUAGAAAACGUAAUGAGAUAAUAAUUUAAAAUUGACUUUCCACCGUUUGACUCGAUGGUGAACGACAUCACCGAGAUGUGUGACUUCUGUUUCGUUUUUCGUUGACACGUCACGGGGAAGGAUACCUGGUAAAGCAGACACUGAAAUCAAAGUAUAAAACAUUUUUGUUUGGUAUAGAAAAGAAAAUUUAUAGAAUAUAAAUUACAGUUAAUGAUACAACCUUUAGCUUAUUAGAGUCUAGCUAACAGUAAACAAUAAUGUAUUGGUAAAUGCUAGAAAUACAAGGGUACUAAGGUCAUUUAGCCCACAUGGCUUCACGUGCAGUCAAUUUAUUGUCCAAUAACAGCGCUGAUUUUUCUCCCUGUCAAUCAAAGUAUGAUCGUCCGUUUGCUUUGGUUCUUUGAAUCAUUCAGUUCUUCAGCUUUGACAAGAAUCACAAUUUUCAAGCUAGUUGGCACUGUUUUCUACGAGAAUUACAGUAUUUCUUUCGUUGAUAUCUCAACAUCCUGUCUGAGUUCAGUACAGUUUUACCUGCCAUCAUGUCAUCGUCGAGGAAAAGAAGCAACCAGCAACGAAAUAGUGAGCAUCCAGUACCACGAGGUCGACCACCGAAGCGCCGCGCCGAAACCAGUCAAAACCCAAAUCAGCGCCAGAAUCAUCUUGUUCUUUCAAAUCAAGUGCCUAGUAUAGAUAACAACCCACACAGCCGUGGUAACUUGCAGCUCUUCUCUGCGGAUCAACUGGAAACGCUGAGAACCAUGAUAGAAGACGAGGUUGCCGAGUCAAGCCGCGAUAUCGCCACUGAAGCAGCUCGUGCCGCCGUGACUGCUCCACGGAACCAAAACUCUGUAGCUGUCGGUACAACUCCACAAAGACAUACAAAUCCAACAGGAGACACCGAUCCACCAAGGCAUACAACUUCACCAGGCGAUCCAAAUCCACUUUGUGACAACACUGAGUCACCACAACUGCCAGCAUUUUCCGUCCCAAACCAGGACAUCCCUGCGUCGUACGUGAAAGAUAUCCAAAGUGGUGAGUUUUUUGAUCUGUCAAAAUUGUUACCAAAAAACCUCAGCAUGUAUGACGAGGAUGUUAAUUUAACAUUGACUCUCGACAACUCAGCUAUUAAGGUUACCAAGAAGAGAAAAAGCAGCCCGUCUCAAAUAACAGAAAUUGAACAAUGGACGACGGCGUUCACUACGUACAUGAGUGUAUUCACUUACAAAUACCCCUUAAGGGCCCAAGAGUUUUUGCAAUACUUGGGUUUAAUCAGAUAUGCAGCUAGAGUCCAUAAGGGACUAGGGUGGGCUAUUUACGACCACAAAUUUCGGCAAAAGGCCAGUCUUGACAAGUCUCUUGUAUGGUCGCAGAUAAAUCAGCAUUUGUGGCUGACUAUUUUUACGGUGUCACCUUUGGCACUAAAAGAGGAGUAUCCUCUUUUCAAUAGUGGAGGCAUUUUCCACCAAUAUAACAGAGUUGGUGUCUGUAGUAGGGGCCAGUGCGAGUACCAACACAUCUGUAAUAGAUAUUAGGGCCAACACCCAGGGCGGGACUGCAGUAGGGACCGCAGCAAAGGAGGCUAUGUCAGGGAUCAGGACAAGAAAACCUAUGCUAGGGCUGGCGAGGAGGUCCACCGUCCCCCCAAAUCUAGUAGUUCCUCAGGUCACCACAAAUUAUGAGUUUGCUAGGUCACUCCCCACUCCUAUUAAUGUAAAUAGAGUUGAGAUUGCUUUAGCUGAUCACCCCAACAGGGUUUUUGUUUCUAAUUUAUUGCAAACCUUUAAACUUGGAGCUAAUAUAGGUUUCUUUGGGUAACGUUCCCCAAGAUUUUCAAGAAACCUGCCUACUGCUUUGGCCCAACCUGACAUUGUGAAGGCCAAUUUAGAUAAGGAAGUAUCUCUGGGUCGGUUAGCGGGCCCCUUUUCAACACCAUCAUUUCCCAAUUUUCAAGUACUCACCUAUCGGGCAGUAUUAUAGAGUAGGUGCCAUCUUAUAAAUAAGUUGCUCGGUGUCCAUCUGUCGCACAAUUUAUCGUGGUCUAUUCACUGCGACUAUAUUGUGAAGAGAGCACGCAAGCGUCUCUACGUUUUGCGUGUCUUAAUGAAAUCAGGCCUCCCACCAGCUGAUCUCAUUCAGGUUUAUUGUAGCCUUGUAGGGCCCAUUUUAGAAUAUGCAUCUCCGGUGUGGGCCGCGUUACCCAACUCUCGGGUUCAAUUGGUGGAAAGCGUGCAGAAGUCUGCACUAGGAAUAAUUUUUCCAGAUUGCUCUUAUGAGUCGGCACUCGUGUGCUGUGGUUUGCCUACACUGUUGUCGCGCCGUGAUGAGGCUUGCGGGCGUUUUAUAUCUAACGUCAAGGAGUCCGGGUUCCUUUCACACCUGCUGCUGCAGCCCACGAAUGUCGCUCAUGGGUACGGGUUGAGGUCGGGUUUUUCCCGUUCUGAAUUCCGCCUUGUCAGAACGGACCGCCUUAGUAGUUUUGUUACCCACAGUUACAAUAGGAUUUAAUUGUUUUUGCCUUCUUGCCAUGUGUAAUUAUGUGUUCUGCGUAUUCUUGACCUCCCUUGUAAUUUAGUGUUAUACACUACCAAAGGGUUUAAUAAACUGAUUAUUAUUAUUAUUAUUAUUAUUAUUAUUAUUAUUAUUAUUAUUAUAGGAUUAGGACCUAAAAAGUACUCGGAUAAGUUCCGCACUAUUUUUCACUUCUCAUUCCCGAAGUCAGGUGUCACUAGCAUAAACUAUUCAAUUUCAAAGGAAGAUUUUAGCCUGAAUUACAUCACCAUUGACACAGCUGUUGAAGGAAUCUUAGCAAAUGGUCGUGGUUGCUUCCUUGCUAAGACUGAUGUGGAUUCUGCCUUUCGUCUCAUACCCAUAAGGCUAUGUGACUAUGAGCUCUUUGGCAUGCAGUGGGAAGGGAAAUUCUACUAUGAUAAGGUUCUCCCCUUUGGUUUAAGGAGUGCACCCUUUCUGUUUAAUCAGCUCUCAGAAGCAGUUAAGUGGCUUCUUCUCAAUCACUGUGGCAUCUCUUUUGUUUGCUACAUUUUAGAUGAUUUUCUUGAUAUUGACCCCCCAUCGCCUCGCCCCACAACUUAGCUUGUCAACAGAGCUUAUCUAGCAUGUUGGUUACUUUUAAGAAUCUGGGAAUUCCCAUCGCACCCCAUAAGACACAAGGUCCUUCUACAACCCUUGAAUUCAUAGUGAUUGUUCUUGAUUCUGACCGCAUGGAGGCACGCUUUCCUCCUGAUAAGGUCCAACGUCUCACUUCCUGUUUCACUGAAUUUUUAAAAAGGCAGAAGGUCCUGCACACUCAAGGAACUACAGUCUCUUAUUGACUCUUUCAACUUUGCUUGCAAGGUUAUUCCGCAACGUAUGAUCCAACUCACUAGGAACGUCUCUUUACCUCACCGUCGUAUUAAGUUGAGCAAGGGUUUCUUUAAAGAUCUUAGGAUGUGGGAGGAUUUUAUAAGCAAUUGGAAUGGGGCAGUGUUUUUUUAUGCCUUCUCAUUGGGUCACUUCAGUUUUCUUGUCUCUGUACACAGAUGCCUCUGGUUCUCUGGGAUUUGGGAGCAUUUUUCAAACCCACUGGUUUCAGGGCUCAUGGGAACCCCAUCAAAAACUAGGUCAGCCAGGGAUCUCCACUGCAUGGCAAGAAUUGUUUGCCUUUGUUGUUGCUUGUCAUCUAUGGGCCAAUUUUUUCUCAAACAAGCACAUUCAGUUUUUCUGUGACAAUGAAUCAGUUGUCAGUAUUGUUAACACAAAGAGGUCCCGUAUCCCAAGGGUCAUGGACCUUGUUCGUCAUUUGACCCUUCUGACUCCAAGGUUCAAUUUUUGUAUUAGAGCUGAGCACAUAGAGGGUAAGAGGAAUGACAUGGCUGACUCCCUCUCUCGUUUUCAGAUGGAUCGGUUCAGGGAGCUAGUACCCCAUGCCAACCGAGAUCAAUGUCUGGUCCCACCCGAACUCCUGAAGAACUCCUUGCUAAAUCGGUCAAGCAUUCCACUAUCAAGGGAUACUUGGCAGCAGUCCGUCAUUUUCACAUCCGCCACGGCUACCAGCUUAACCUGAAGAAGUUCCAUCGCUUGCACCUUGUCUGCCGUGGCAUUAAGAGAUCUCAAGGUAGCUCAAUCAGAACUCGUUUGCCAAUUACAAUAUCCCACCUCAAAUUUUUCUACUCCCUUCUAGCAAUCAGGUACACUUCAAAUUAUGACUCUGUAAUGAUCUGGGCUACUAUGACGUUAGCUUUCUUUGGUUUCAUGCAGUUAGGUGAACGGACAUGUAACUCCCAAUUUAACUCUGAUGCUCAUCUUACACCUCUUGAUAUUAUCUUUCACUCAUGUCUCUCCAACUCCUCUCAUCUUUUAGUCAAAGUCAAGGUUUCUAAAACUGAUCCCUUCAGGAUGGGGCAUACCCUUUUAAUAGGACAAACUAAUCAGAGUAUCUGCCCUGUAUAUGCAAUGAAGCAUUAUCUUACCAGGAGGGGAAUUACACCUGGACCUCUUUUUAUUUUUGCUUCGGGACGUCCACUGACUAAGGGUGCAUUAACUGCUGAGUCUAGGCAACUUCUCUCUCAUUUCGGUUUUCAAGCAUCAGAUUAUGCCGGUCAUAGCUAUAGAAUUGGCGCAGCGACAGCUGCAGCUUCAGCGGGCCUUCCCCCAGGGUUGGUUAAAACAUUAGGCAGGUGGUCAUCUGAUUGUUAUGAGAGAUACAUCCAAUGCCCACAGGCAGUUUUAUCUGGGGUUGCUUUGAAAGCUACUUCAAAACUCAAGUUAGUUAUUGUUUACAUUGUUUGUGCAGCAACAGCUGCAGCCUCAGCAGGCCUCCCCAUGGUUGGUUAAAACAUUAGGAGGGUAGUCAUCUGAUUGUUCUGAGAGAUACAUCCAAUGCUCACAGUCAAUAUUAUCUGGGGUUGCUUCGAAGCCACUUCAAAACUCAAGUUAGUUACUGUUUACAUUGUUUGCAUGGAGUGGUUAACCCAUUUUAUUUACUGGUGUGUAAUUGUGCAAGGUUGUUUCAUACUAAAUUUUUACUAUUCAGUGCUUUACACAGUAUCUGAUAUUUUCAUGAGCUUCAGUUCAUUGGGUCUUAGACAAAACCACUCUAUGCAUCUUUAUUAAAGCUUAUCAUAAAUGGCUUUAGCAUAUCAUUUAAUAUUUGUUCUGUUCGUCUAUGGGGAAUACACUUUGUGUAUUUUUGUGGAUUAAGUGUUCCCAUGCUGGUCACACUUUCACCCAUAGACUAAUGGCAGCUAUUCAUUCUGGGGAUCGGUACCCCUAUAACUGUGUUGCCAUGGGAAUGAGUGUUAUCCCGGAGGAUUAUCACCUCCUGUAGGGGAUUACUACCCCUUCCGCGGCCAAGGGAUUAUCACCCUUGAGAGAGAAUUAUCAUCUCUCUUUGUUGCAUAAUAUUAGCUUUAGACCAACAUGUUAUGUCAGCAAUUUUGCGACUGGACUGCUUAAUCCCCUACCCCUUUACGCCACAAAGUGUGUUCAUAUUCCUGUCUUAGCUAAGGGGUUGAUAGCAUUAAAUAUAAAUUACAGUUAAUGAUACAACCUUUAGCUUAUUAGAGUCUAGCUAACAGUAAACAAUAAUGUAUUUGUAAAUGCUAGCAAUACAAGGGUACAAAGGUCAUUUAGCCCGCAUGGCUUCACGUGCAGUCAAUUUAUUGUCCAAUAACAGCGCUGAUUUUUCUCCCUGUCAAUCAAAGUAUGAUCGUCCGUUUGCUUUCGUUCUUUGAAUCAUUCAGUUCUUCAGCUUUGACAAGAAUCACAGUUCCCUCCCACCCGUCCCUUUGUAUUGGUAGGAUUUUACAAUUAGUAGUACUCAAAGACAAUGUAUGAAGCCUUAAUAGUUAUAGUUUUUUACAAAAAAACAAAACAAAACAAAAACAUAGUCACAACAAUCUUCAAGGACAGGAACUUUGGCAAGUUGACUUAUUGUCAAAUGUCAAUAAUAUAUAUUCCUAUACAAGAUAGAAUAUUGUUAUUGUUAUUGCUAAUAUUUUGUGGCUCAUUAAGACGUGUUUAAAUUUGUUAAAGGUACAAUAAAGUCAGGGUUCGGGAUUAAGUGCUCCCAUGCUGGUCACACUUUCACCCAUAGACUCAUGGCAGCUAUUCAUUCUGGGGAUCGGUACCCCUAUAGCUGUGUUGCCAUGGGAAUGAGUGUUAUCCCGGAGGAUUAUCACCUCCUGUAGGGGAUUACUACCCCUUCCGCGGCCAAGGGAUUAUCACCCUUGAGAGAGAAUUAUCAUCUCUCUUUGUUGCAUAAUAUUAGCUUUAGACCAACAUGUUAUGUCAGCAAUUCUGCGACUGGACUGCUUAAUCCCCUACCCCUUUACGCCACAAAGUGUGUUCAUAUUCCUGUCUUAGCUAAGGGGUUGAUAGCAUUAAAUUCCAAAACUCAGAGCAAAAAUUAAGAAAAAGAGACGAAUAUUCAGUGUUCAGUAGCAAUGAGGAAAUUUUAUCACAGCGUUCACGAGAAUACAACUAGAAUACUCUGAGCUAUUUGGGUAUGUAACGACUGAUUGGUUAAUGAGUAGGAAUGGCGGGCUCCGAACGCUGAUUAAACGCUAUGGUUAAAUUUUCAUUGUCAAAACUCAGAAGUCAUGUUGAAAAUUUUUUAAGGUCGAGUUUGAAAUAUGACUUGGCAAGUGUAAUUUGAUGAAGCGAGUUGAAAAUAUACGGCGAGCAAGGUCAAGUAAAAGAGUUGAGUUUAAAAAAUAAAAGACGAGUGUAAAAACGUUUUCCAAUGAUGCGAAAUCUGAAGGAAGAGUGUAAAAUUUUAUAUUCGGCUAUAAAUUUCAAGUAGAAAUUUAAAUGAUGAAUUUAAAAUUCAAACAAUGAAUUUUGGCGGGGAUCGUACGCCAUAAAUUUAGGACGGUUUUGUAUUCAUUUUAUUUUAUGAAUUUUUCUGGUAGUUCCAUCCUGUUUUUGUACUGUUUUUUUUUUUACAAUUUUUACCCUGUUCUUGCAUUUUUGCAUCCUAUCUCUGAUGUAUUUUCAUAAUACAUGCGUGCUUUUGCUUUUCUACUUCUGUGGUAUUUUAAUACUAUUUUCAAAGUAUUUUUAUUGUAUUUGCAAAUACGAGUAUCAUGAUUUUACUAAAUUUCAAAACCGAUUAAACAGCUAUUAAAAUAUAUUUUGAAACAUAACAUUUUAAUAGCGUUUUAAACAUGUUAAAACAUCUUUAAAAUCAGUCGAAAAAUAAAUAUCUUUUUGUACCCAUUUUAAACCUGCUUUUUUCAAAAUACGUUUAAAAUACGUUUAAAAUGGUCAUCAAAAAUAGUUUUAGCGUAGACGGCGGGCGGGAGAAAUUGCUUCCGUUUACUAAAAUAGCAAAAGAAAUGAAUCGAUAACAUUGGCGAGCAAAUAAUCGUUAUAAAUAUUUGGAAAACCGAUGGAAAAGGUUACAUAUGUUUGGAAAAUCAAGCUUUCUCGACCUUGAACCUUCGGCAAUGAUUCAUGCCGACUCCGUGUCAUUUCUCACCUCUACUGAUGAUCGAAUUCAGAAGUAUUCGUCGAUGUUUGGCUUUUCCUGGACAAAUCCAUCUGUAAAUUCUCAGUGGUCAGGAGCCCAUCAAAUGGAGCCUCCAUCUCCAUUAAUUUCUUGAGUCAACCCUUUCCCGAGUAGAUUUAUAAAUAGAACGGCUAGUUUCCCGCGAAAAGUGUCAUAUUUCCGUGAGUCUCGUGUGACACCGUGAAAAAAUAAAAUUGGAUGCAGUCGAACUCAGAAGCCCGUCCUUCGACCGUUUUCCUUUUUUCCUUCUCGUCCAUUGUUACAGCCGCUGGGAUCUGGGUAUCAUGAAAUAAAAGUUAAUGAAUUACCCGACUGAGACUGAGCAUGAAGCGAUGGGACAAAGGCAGUGAACUGAGGAUCACGGCAAGGUUAUCUUUGCGAGUGUUUAUAUUGCUGUCAUACAUCCCACAUUUAAGCAUGCACCUUGAAAAGAGUCGACGAUUAAGCGUUAUGUGGACGAUUUGGAACUUCUCGAUGAUCAGCGCCGAAAAAGUGCCAGGAUCAUUUGAUUUUUGUCAUCACCGUAAGUAGCAACUAACGAGGAAUGCUUCAGUUCCGAAAUUUGAGAAAUUGCAGUCUUCCUUUACAAAUGACUUGUAUCACCAUGAGAGUUGCCUGAUAAAUCUGGCACUUGAAAAGUUGAACAGAUGACAACAGUUGCUCGACCGUGAAGCUAACUCAAAAGUAAUUUGCUAACGGAGGAAUUUGUGACAUCGCGCUACAGUCCAAAGACCCACUUAUCUCAAGAAAAACAAAAUGGAUUGUAUCUGCGCCAAAAGAAUUAUGACUGACUAACGGGACAAUUCUCAGCAGUUAAUGUAGAAGUUUAGGCUCAAUUCCUUCCUUCGAAUUCGCAUCUGUAGAUCACUUUUUUGCGAGAAUACAAUGGCUGAACCCGGCGUUACAAAACAUAGCAGGGAAUCAUCACACUAGCUGACGGACAAAACAAACACAAGGACUACAAGUAUUUAUUCAGAUAAAGGCAUUUCGGAAAAAAAAACCUUGAAAAACUAGAAAUUUGAUUAAUACUGAGUCAUUUAGCCGAAAUAAGAACCUUGACGCUCAAAAAAAUUGGCUAAAGAAAACGAAUCCUAUCAGAACUACAGACUGCAGAUAGUAGUAUCAUUAUGCAUGUAACAGACCAGCUUCAUGGCCUCUUAAUGUGAGACAAGCAACCACAAUUAAGAUUAAAAUAGUCAGAGUUUAAAAUUCUCCACAGUAUAAUCUACCCGCUAGAAAGAAAAGAAGAAAGAAAAUCUCUGAGGGAUGAAAACGCUAAAGUCACGUUUCACUAGCUUAUGAUUGUGUUUGGCCCGUCAACAACGAAUUUCCUGCUGAGGUACAAUAGCAGUGUCAUUUCGUCGUUGUGAUUGGCUCUUCCCACCGUCGGCGCGCGAAGUCUCCCCUGGGAACCGUUCUAAUUAUAAAUCUAGUCGGGAAAGGGUUGAGUCCAAGGGCUUGUAUGGGAGAUGGAGGCUCCAUUUGAUGGGCUCCUGCAGUGGUAUAUAAAAAAUGUGUGCUCUGAUGUGGCUUAGGGUCUAUAAUCACGAUUUGGGCUUGUAACUAGUUCAACUCUUCAAGGUUUGUUUUGAGUAUUCCGGAUACGCUUCUUUCUUUCUGUUUCACGCGCGUGUCUUGUGACAUGCAAAUCAGCUAAGAAAUGGUAUCUAAUGCGCAUGUGCAUUAGCUGACUGUGUCCCUUUAAGGUGACUCGACCCAGUUUUUUUGGGGGGGUACCAUCCUACUUUGAAGCUCUCUGGUAUCCCCACCUUUACUUUUAUCGUAAGUCUAACACAUUGAAUGGAUAACAUAUAGAUCAAUCUAAAAUAUAACAUAAAAUUUUUGGCGAUCGGAGUAAAUGUCACGUGGUUAUAAUGCCACGCCCCUUUGAGGUCUGAGUCGGAAAUCUGCUGUUGCCGGCAUUUUUUCGUGAAAAUCUCUCGGCUACACAUAGUGCGCAUUAGUGCCUUGCGCUGAACAGAGUUUCAGCAAAAUCGCAAAGACCCAAUUCGAGAAAUUCAGCGGUUUCCAAAUUUAGGUCAUAAUUUAUGCGAAAAUGAUAAGCAAACUUUACACGGAUUAUAUCUAAUAAACUAUGAGAUUCAUCUCUUUAUUUUGGGCAUCGUUAUAACAGAUGGGUCCUUGCAAGUCAGCAAAACAAUUUAGGGCCUUGUAAAUGCGCGCGAUUUCGAGCAAAGCAAACAUAUAGAAAUUAUAGUUUUCGCUAGUUGUUGACGUUUGUCAGCCUUUAAGAGUCAAUCUCACGAAAAAAGCAUUUUCUUAAAAAUUCGUAGUUUUUUUUCCUUCCAAUUUUUCCAGGGCCACAAUUGAUUAACUAACUACCCGGAUUCUGAAUUUCAUGAUCAUUGAAAAACUGUGACAUUAUCUACUACAAGCCCAAACUUGAGUAAACAUUGAAGAUUUUUAGCGUUUUGGCUGAGUUUGUGCUUUGGGAGUUUUCUAUUGUUUCUAGUCUGUCAUGAUACAACAUUCUUGUUCAGCACGCGUGAUUUGACCGCGCUCGGCUGACUUCCGAAUGCUCACCAAGAAUAAUAAUUUUGGUACGGUGAGACAGGCGAUGGCGUGAUACGUAGAGGUUUAACUCACAAUUUUUAAUCAAUUUUCGUGCUUCUUGUGCCUUUGCAAAAAAAUCAAGAAAUGCUACACACUAAAUCUACUUACCAUUAAAAAAAAUAUCAUUUUUACAUAGGUUUAAUGCAAGCCAAUAAUUAAACCAACUCAUUACUUAUCCUUUUAUCUGGUAGUGAAAAAAUUAAUUACACUUGUAAGCACUGUCAGUUUUUUUGUGACUCUUGGUUUCGCUCUUGAAUCUUUCUUGCUCGUCUUGCUUAGAAGUAACGCUAAAAUUGUUAGCAAAGCCCUGGUACCUCCUGCAGUAUACAAAGCGCUGAGGGUGUUCAUGUCUUAGACGUUACGUGACGGGAAUCCCUUCUAUUUUCUCAUACAAAAUUAUCAUAUCUCGGUGAACAUUCGAAAGUCAGCCAAGCACGGUCAUUGCACGUGUGCUGAACAAGAAUGUUGUAUCAUGACAGACUAGAAACAAUAGAAAACUCCCAAAGCACAAACUCAGCCAAAACGCUAAAAAUCUUCAAUGUUUACUCAAGUUUGGGCUUAUAGAAGGUAAUGUCACAGUUUUUCAAUGACCAUAAAAUUCAGAGUCCGGGUAGUCAGUUGAUCAAUUGUAGCCCUGAAAAAAUUUCAAGGAAAAAAAAACUACGAAUUUUUAAGAAAAUGCUUUUUUCUGGAGAAGGACUCGCGCAUUUACAAGGCCCUAAAGUUUUUUGCCGACUUGCAAGGACCCAUCUGUUAUAAAGAUCCCCAAAAUCAAGGGAUACAUCUCAUAGUUCAUUAGAUAUAAGCGUGUAUAGUUGGCUUUUCAUUUUCACAUAAAUUAUGACCUAAAUUUGGAAACCGCUGAAUUUCUCGAAUUGGGUCUUUGCGAUUUUGCUGAAACUCUGUUCAGCGCAAGGCAUUAAUGCGCACUAUGUGUAGCCGAGAGAUUUUCACAAAGAAAUGCCGGCAACAGCAGAUUUUCGACUCAGACCUCAAAGCGGCGUGGCAUUAUAACUACGUGACAUUUACUCCGAUCGCCAAAAAUUUUAUGUUAUAUUGUAGAUUGAUCUAUAUGUUAUCCAUUCUAUGUGUUAGACUUACGAUAAAAGUAAAGAUGGGGAUACCAGAGAGCUUCAAAGUAGGAUAGUACCUCUCCAAAAAAACUGGGUCGAGUCACCUUAGAACACCUUUAAAAGCACUCGAAAAAUACAUGAAAAGUACACUUUUCACCAUAUUUAAAACCUAUUUCGCAAAACAGGCUAAAACGGUUUUCAAAAAUAGCUUAAAAAUACAUUCAAAACGGUGUUGGAUUUGGUAUGGGUUCAGCAACUACUCCAGGCGCAGUCUUGACCAGAUUCCAUUUUUUUGUUUCUUUCGUUUCCUGGUUUGUUUUAGUUGAUCUUUACAUGUCCAUUUAAUCUAGACGUAGUUCUUUUUUAAUGCGACUCCCUGAAAUCAUAAGAACACUGAUGUUGUUGUUUACUGCCACUUUCGCAACAAUUUCUUUCCUUAAUAUGAACUACGCUUAAGCUAAAAACAAAACAAACAAACCAACAAACAAAGAGCAGUUUGUUCCUGAUAGUGUUUUAUUCUUUUAGUAUUUUAUCAAUUAAGAGAACUGCAUAAUGUCACAACUGAAUGGCUCAAUAAUAUCUUAUCGAUAGUAAUCAAUAACAAUCCAUAAAAAACAUUACCGACUUCUAUCGGAAAUCGAUAUUGAUCAAAGUCACAACUUUUUUAUCGAUUUCUAUCGAUUGUUAUCGGAAAUCGUUAUUCAUCGAUAUUUGAUAUCCAUGACUAUCGAUUGUUAUUGAUUAUAGGUUUAUCGGUUAUCUACGUCUGGCAUAUGUGCAAUACUAUGCGGUCACAUCGCACAGUUCUGGCUCGAUUUUUUAAAUGAUUUUAAUCUUUAUUUUUCUAGUAAUGUUCCUAGAACAAGCUUGUACAAAUAGAUGAAAAAAUAUCACUUUGCAAUAUUAUCCCUCAACAGCAGAAUGCUCUAAAGCAGACCUGAUAUGUGAUGGAAGAAAAUGCAUUAAUGUUACACAACUUUGCGACGGCGAAGCCGAUUGCAUGGACGGUUCGGAUGAGGAGGAGAAUAAUUGCCGUAAGUCUGAAACUUUAUAGUACUUGUGCCCUUAACCCCUUACAUCAGCAUGCAUAUUCUACUCACUGUUCUCGACCCACUUCUUAUUAUUGUGACGAAAGGGAAUUUCUUUAACAACUAAAGGCCGUUUUGAUGACCUUUCCUUUAUUCUGACGCUCUGACUGUGUGAUGUUUCAAAAGUAGUAAUAAUAGACUGUGACGUCAGUGAAGCCAAGCAUGUUCCAUUUUUAGUGCUUGCAAACAACCUGUUUGUUGUCUUGGAGCAUGGGGAUGCCGUUAGCUCCUCAAAAGAAACAAAAUUCCAGUUUUUAAAGCAACAGUCAACUCUUUCUGGCAAUGCAUCGCAUACCACAGUUCUGGCUCGAUAAGAGUGAUUGUCGUGAAGCUGCAUUGAAGGAGUAACUUAAUUUUAAUGUUACACUUUAUCGGCCCACACCAUUUGCAAAUUUGGUGGACAUCUCACCUACAUCCCUUUUAUACUAGCUACUUUCUUUUUAUAUCAUUUGUGACAACACUGUUGGGGGUUUGAUUUUAAAGGGUUCCUCGUAGAUCUGGUAUCUCUGGACAACUGGACUGGAACGUGGGAGGCCCUUGUAGCAAUCCCAUACAUUCUCUAUUUUUUGUGCCACGCCUUGUUGUUUUGUGUCACAUUUAAUGAAAAAGGCAGGCAUAGAGUACUAAAGUGUGACGUCAUAAAAAUGAAAUUUCUGGAAUUAUGGGAUUUGUCAGGAUAUUCUGAAAGAACAAUGUUCAAGAGGCCUACUUGCCAAAAAUGAGCAUUUGGGGGCAAAUUGUCUCUGAGAUCGUAGCCCAGUUAUGCUUAGAAAACUCCAUACAAACCCUUCUAAAUUUUUUUGGGGUCGACCCAAAAAAAAAUUAGAAGGGUUUGUAUGGAGUUUUCUGAGUAUAACUGGGCUACGAUCUCAGAGACAAUUUGCCGCGAAAUGCUCAUUUUUGGCAAGUAGGCCUCUUGGACAUUGUUCUUUCAGAAUAUCCUGACAAAUCCCAUAAUUUCAGAAAUUUCAUUUUUAUGACGUCAUCACUUUAGUACUCUAUUGUGCUUAAAGUAGUACUCUAAAAACAUUAAUUAUCAAUUAUGUGAUAGAAAAUGCCACAUUUUCCUAUCAGACAGGUGCAGUGUCCUUUCACUAGUACAUUUUGCUGAAACAUCAUCACUGCUGGACGCGUCAUCGCGUAGCUAGAAUUCCCUGCCCGGUGAGGUCACCAAAAAAUGUUCUUUCAGCUUAGGGGUUAGUGUUGUGCGAUUUUUUUUGCCGUCACACUUUUAAACAACAAAACGUUCAAAGAGUACUGGAAACAAGAAUUUUUCUGGAAAUUUUAUUCUGCGCUGUCCAUCCCUCACUGGCCCAGAUUAAAUUUAAAGGAAAACAAAAGCCCAACUUUUUAUCAUAUGUCUUCGUUUAAUGGUUUUCAAGGCGGACGAUAGAUCACACGAUUUCAAAUGAUACCGUUCGCAACUUUGUUUUUGCAAAUUUUGUUUUAAUGUUGACAUGAUAGUACUCGAACGUGCUUAUCCAUACAAAAAUGGCGUGUUUAGAUAGGUUUUUAGCGAGAAAAACUUGAGUGAUCCGAUAACCUGGCCUUAUUCUACGGUAUGGGAUCUUGAAUGAAAUCGUUACGAAUAACUCAGAAUAAGAGGCAGAGAUCCAUUCAAAGUCGCUGAAAUCCUGGCUAUAAGUCCGCCAUAUUUUAAAGACCAGAUCGUAGCUCAAAUGCAGACUUAGCUUGUUAAAUUCCCGGAUGUGACCAGGCAUUUUACGCAACAUAAUCUCAUAUCCAAAGUUUUUGAUUAUCAUCGUUCAACAUCAAAAUUUCCAGUUCUCUAUCAGCGACGUCACGCUUUUCUCUCUUCAUUUAAAUGGGUUGCCUCCGGCAUAAACUGAUGUCCGGUAGAGAGAUGGAUUGUAAAGUAGAGGUUACUCUAAUCUGUGAUGUUGUCCUUGGUCGAUUCUGAUAGCUCGUUUUGACGAGACAGAAAGGCCUUAAUGCUAAAUGCAAUUGCCUCAGGCGAUACGCGUUUAGGAGCCACUGAUUUUUUAUGUCCUACCCGUAGGAAAGUGCUUGUCUUUCAGUCUUGUCUAAGGGACGGGAAGAAAUAUUUCAGACUUGGUUAGCUUCCACUUUGCGCCGUUUAGCUUUUUGUAUCUUGAACUCGUGUCAGUUUCUGUUUCACUUGUUUAUGCGUGUUUUUGUUGUUGUAGUAGGUGAGUCAGAUAGACAUGUGAUACAGUCGACAGACCACGCUUGGAUCAAUCGUCUAAAGAUAGCUUUUCACGAUUUGAAUGGCCUCUUGAGUGUUCAGCGGGGUCUUUUUCAUUCUAAGCCAUUCCUGAAUAAGGCUGAGAUCGUUGCAGCUGUGGUUGAACGAUAGUUGUUGUUGUAUUCGUACAGCUUAAUCAUAACUGACAGACGACCAUUAACAACGCAAUUUAAUUGACCAGUUAGGUCCAUAAUCAGCUUAAUACGAACAACUGAUGAAAUGCAACUCACUCUGGCAAUGAAGAAGACUUCUUCAUGGUCGAUACGUCAGUCACUGUCAACAACAGUCGUAUUUUUUCCUUGUUGUUAUAUGAUCAGCUACUUAGGAAGAUCAAGGCGAUUUAUAUUCAUCAAAAACGGGCAAUGUCAACAGCUGCGUACCCAGUACCUAUGCGAAAGUGCGCACGUGCGUACUUGACAACAAUAACAACUAAUAAUGAUAAUAAUAAUAAUCAUCAUCAUCAUCAUCAUCAUCAUCGUCAUAACUAUAACAAAAUUCUCAAAUCUGAUUGGUUAAUAACUCGUAUAAUUACAGAAAUAAUGAUAAUGAUUACAAACAAAUAAACAGCAUAUGUCAGUCUGCUUUCUACCACCUGCGGAACAUUGCUCAAAUCAGUAAACAUAUCUCUUUCCGCCAUCGUAAAACUUUGAUCCACGCAUUCGUAACAUCCAAGAUUUUCCGCUAUAAUCUGCUACUCUCAAGUCUUAAGAGCGACUUUCUGUAAAUACCACGGAUAGGUGUGCAAGAUGGAAAAAUCGAAAUCCCCAAAACUUUGUCCCAACAAAGCCCUUUGGAAACUAUUUUAGAAAAUACAAGACUCAGUUCGCUUGACUCAAUGUUUUCCAAAAUAAUAAUUUUUUUAAUUUUCACCUUCGAGAGGCCUUCAAACCACCGAAAAAUGUGCUUGAUACCCUCGCUUCAUGAAUGGAAACGGAAACUAAUACCAUAACUUUUCUUACAUUAAACAAUGUUAUGAUCCUUCCUUUCUACCUAAACGUUGUUACAAUUUCAAAAGAUUUCAAUCUGAUUUUUUAAUAUUUUUUCAAAAUAACCCUCUAAAUCAGCAUUAUCGCGACCAUCAAUUUUGCCAUUUUUCAACGGCGAAAAUCCCUGCCUGGUACAUGGCUUUCAUUAGAAAAAUGGUAUUCCAGAGAAAGAGCAAUGUUUCCCCUAUCAAUCUGUGAAAUAAAAUUCUGGGGCAAUUGAAACUGCGAGUUUUUACAACGGAAAACAUUUACGGUACUCGCGUGAUUUACGACCUCUGAACUUGCAGUUGUAUUGAUGAAUACAAGGGAGAACUUAGACAGCACUUGAAACUCUGGCGCAAAUUAGCCCCUUUUCCGCCCGUUUAAACACCAAAAACGAUUUUAGAUUUCACAGUGGUAAAUUUUCAAAAGGAAAAGCAAUUUUAUUGUGCCAAAGUGUGCUAUGAACUUCUUGACUACAACACAUCCCUUACGUGCGUAUUUGUUUACUUUUCCCGUAUCUGUAACAGUUAUCAUAUAUCUACAAAACGGCUUUAGUGUCGGUAGCUAUUCUUUAAAAUGCUCUCAUUUCUCAUGAACGAAAUCGUUAUAGCUAUAAAAAAGGAAAACGUUUUGACCUACCUCACAUUAUUUGACAACAGAACCGAAUCCUUUACUGCCUUUAACGAAAUGAGAUUGCGUGACAAAGGACUUUGAGACCCAGGUUGAAGACAGAUACGAUUCCGAAAAAGACACUCACGCGGUGCCUUCUGUAACUAUAAAAGCAAAACAUGUAAAUAAUCAAAAUCCUUAGUUUCACUGACUUAUCCGCUAGAGCGAUUAUGAAAACGUAAGACUGAAAAAACAUAUUUUCCACAACAGACUAUGAAGUGGUUGGCCCUUAUAUUCUCUUACUUUCCAUAAACGCCUGCUUACACAUUUUGAAAUACGAUUAUGAAUUCCUUACUUGUAUCCUUAGAAAAUGACAUUUAGGGGAAAAAGUGCUAAUUCCUAGUCUUAAAUGCCAUCCGUCCCUUCCCUCCACCCCCUAAGGGGCGGUAGCCCGUUUCGGGGUGGGGCGAAGAAAGGCAGAACAUUUCAAACUGGACAUAGCGGGGCUAGAAAACCUGCAUAAUUUUAGAGCACCUCUGGUGUUAAAAGCAAAGCUUUCAGUAGUUCUGGCAACCUCGAGCAAGUUUUGCAUUUCUGAGCAACGUUUGGGAAAAAUAUAGGCUUAUGUCAAGCCAGAAAAAAGUGAGCAGUUUGAUAGAAAAUGUCAAGUACGACUGAACCGCGCCCGUAUAAGUGCCCCUAAUGAUUCUGGCAGGGGGAGGGGGGAAUUUUGAAAUGGAGCGAAGGGGACCUAGGUCUAAACAUACCGUCUGCGCUUUAGCUGUGAGUCUGCCUUGGAGAUAAAUUUCGCUCAUAUUUUUGAGCAACUCUUUAAAGAAGAUUGCAAGCCGUAUAGUUGCGUCCGUCUGGAACGCUGGAGCGGUGAAACCAAUGAUCGCGCCCCUCACACCUUGAAAAAAAAACUGCGUUUUUUGAGAAAAAAAGGAAACGAAAAUAAAAGAGAAGGAAAGGCCGUUCGCACUAACUAAAAGCUAUUGUUUUUUGCAUUGCUAUUGAAAAUCUGAAAAGGAACAGUCUUACACACGUAGCCCUCGGGGCGGUACCAGGUGAAUAUAUCACACACCCCAUCGUUCCAGUAUAUAACCUUUACGUAAGCGUAGGAUGUAAGACACACUUGCGGAUACGCGUAAGCAUAACGUGAGAUACACAGGCGCAAAAAAAUAACAGUGGCGCGGCUAAUGUUGGCUCCCCUCACGGGCGUUGUUCAGUCGUACUUGACAUUUUCUAUCAAACUGCUCACUUUUUCUGGCUUGACAUGUGCCAUAACCUAUAUUUUGGCAAAACGUUCCUCAGAAAUGCAAAUCUUGUUCGAGUUUGCCAGAACUACAGAAAAUGUAGGUAGGUUUAGAGGUGCUAUAAGGUUAUGCAGGUGUUUUAGCCCCGCCAUGUCUAGUCUGAAAUGUUAUGCGUGCCUUCGCCCCACCCCGAAACCUGCUGUGGCCCCUUAGGGGGUGGAGGGAAGGGACGGAUGACAUUUUAGACUACGACUUAGCGCUUUUUCCUAAGAAUACAAGGAAGGAAUUCAUAAUCGUAUUUUAAAACGAGCGUGAUGAAAACAAAAGACUACGGUGGAACCUCGAUUUAACGAAGGGCCAAGGGCCUAAAAAAAUUUCUGAGCCACCCAACGACGGUUUCCUUCUAAAUUCAAUGAAAACAUUUUUCAAUGGUGCACCCAGAGUACUUUUAGAUCUCUAGAAAUGCAUUCUAAGCGGCUUGUAAAAUUUGUUCCUGUUCGGUCAUCCUAUGGAAACUUGCAUUGAGCAUUUUUUAAAUUACAAGGGUUUCAGUAUUAUUUUCCCAAAAAUUUUAGAUGCAAUUUAACGUAUCACGAAAGUGAGAAUUUUUCUGAUUCCUCUCUCAAUCAUAUGUUUGAAUCCGACCAUUUUAGGCUUCCUCUUUUCUAUGAAAAAUUAGCCUAACCUGGGAUGUAAAAUUUGAAAAAUUAAACUUCAGAAAAUCGUAGGGAAUUUAUAAGAUAACCUUCGAAAAUUGAACAGGAACGGAACGGUCGUCUAGAAAUUUUUAGGCGUCCUCAAGCUAUAGAAAAUUCUAGGCAAUAUCUACUUCUCCCAUGAUAUAUUUUACAGAAAAGAGUCGUUGAGUGCCCCUGAAAUUUGCUCGCUAUAACGAGGUUUCGUUAUAUCGAGGUUUUUUUUUCAUACCGUAAAUCCUCUAUUAAGCUCCCCCGGGGAGCUUAUUAUUUCAAGCUCAUUUGAGGGGGAGGGGCUUAAUAUGUUUAAUUUAGAAACUAAGAUGGUAUCGCUUCUCCAUAAAGCCUACAAAGUGGAAAAGCUCAAGUACAGGAAGUUUUAGGUCAUGCAGUCGAAAAUCAUUAUCAAAUCCGAACUUCCCGUUGGUAAAUAACCAUCCCGGAUCAGUCCACACGAAGCCUUUACGGUCGUGAUUGAUUAAUACAGUCUUUCAUUUAUUAGUGAAGAAUAAUUACGGGUGGGAAGCGGGUGCUUGAUAAAAGGGGGGGGGGGCUAAUCAGAGGGAGGGGGGUUAUUUGACAGGGGGCUUUAAUAUAGGUUUUACGGCAUAUUUUACUAUUAUCGAGGUAAAGAAAAUCAUUCGUAGGUUGUUUAUAUUGCGGUUCCACUGUAUAAGGGCCCACCCCUAUAUAGUCUUUUGACGAAAAAAUAUUUUUUUAGUGUUACGUUUGCAGGGUCGCUCUGGCAGAUAAGUCAACGAAACUAAGGAUUUUGAUUUUUUACAUGUUUCGCUUUUAUAGCUACAGAAGGUGCCGCGUGAGUUUCUUUUUCGGAAUGGUAUCUGUCUGCGCGGUAUAACCUGGGUCUCAAAGUUCUUUGUCACGCAAUCUCGUUUCGCUAAAGGCAGUAAAGGAUUCGGGUCUGUUGUCAAAUAAUGUGAGGUAGGUCAAAAUGCUUUCCUUUUUUUAUAGCUAUAACGAUUUGGUUCAUGAGAAAUGAGAGCAUUUGAAAGAAUAGCUACCGACACUAUUAGCCAUUUUGUACAUAUGUGUACGGCAAAAGUAAACAAAUACGCACGUAAGGGAAGUGUUUGUAGUCAAGAAGUUCAUAGCACACUUUCGCACAAUAAAAUUGCUUUUCCUUUUGAAAAUUUACCACUGUGAAAUCUAGAAUCGUUUUAGGUGUUUAAACUGGCGGAAAAGGGGCUAAUUUGCGUCAGGGUUUCAAGUGCUGUCUAGGUUCUCGCUUGUAUUCAUCACGACAACUGCAAGUUCAGAGGUCGUAAAUCACGCGAGUACCGUAAAUGUUUUCAGUUGUAAAAACUCGCAGUUUCAAUUGCCCCAGAAUUUUAUUUCACAGAUUGAUAGGGGAAACAUUGCUCUUUCUCUGGAAUACUAUUUUUCUAAUGAAAGCCAUGUACCAGGAAGGGAUUUUCGCCGUUGAAAAAUGGCAAAAUUGAUGGUCGCGAUAAUGCUGAUUUAGAGGGUUAUUUUGAAAAAAUAUUAAAAAAUCAGAUUGAAAUCUUUUGAAAUUGUAACAACGUUUAGGUAGAAAGGAAGGAUCAUAACAUUGUUUAAUGUAAGAAAAGUUAUGGUAUUAGUUUCCGUUUCCAUUCACGAAGCGAGGGUAUCAAGCACAUUUUUCGGUGGUUUGAAGGCCUCUCGAAGGUGAAAAUUAAAAAAAAUUAUUAUUUUGGAAAAUAUUAAGUCAAACGAACUGAGUUUUGUAUUUUCUAAAAUAGUUUCCAAAGGGCUUUGUUGUGACAAAGUUUGAGGGAUUUCGAUUUUUCCAUCUUGCACACCUAUCCGUGGUAUUUACAGAAAGUCGCUCUUAAGCAGGAUCAAGUCCGAAAACUCCAGUAUGUCCAGAAUUCAGCAGCCCGACUUCUAACAGGCUAACGUAAACACGCACAUAUUACACCUGUGCUAAGAGAUCUACAUUGGUUACCCGUUCAUGAGCGUAUUCGUUUAAAAUUUUACUAAUGACUUUUAAAUGCCUUAAUCUACUAGCGCCAUCCUAUCUAAGUGACCUCUUAAUUCACUAUAGACCAUCAAGGACAUUACGUUCGUCUGAUAAAGAACUACUAAGCAGGUAAGUAAGUAAGUAAGUAAGUAAGUAAGGGACUUUAUUUUAUGAGGGUGACACGUAACAGUAACUGAAACACUUGUGAGAUACGAGGGAUACGAGGGAAAUAAGUUCUCUUUAAUAAAACAAGAAGUAACUUAAACAUCCUGCUUAUUAAAUAUUCGCGUUGAAACAUUACGUAACCCUAAUCUUAAUAACAAAUACAAUAAUGCACGCUUGGCACUCAUCACACCUUCCCUCUUACAAAAGAGAAUAACGCGAAUAGAAUACAAAAACAAAGCGCUCGAUUUAUCCCUAACUUGUAUACCAAAACAAAACAAAACUCAGGGUUCAGCGUUAGUUUAGAACAAAGUCUUUAAUUGUUUUCCUUAGUUUAGAACAAAGUCUUGAAAUCUUUUCGGGGGCCUUCUUUCUCUCUGCGAUCGUCGAAGAUUAGUUGGCGGCACAGAAGAGGGCACAGGAGUUUCCUGUCGACCUUGUUCGACCGAUGUUGACACUGACUCAGGAACAGAGGGCACACUUGACUCAGGUACAUCAGGCGGAGGCAAAUUUGCUUCAGGGGAUUCUGCGUUACUGCGACUGGACUGAGGGGUAACAGGCGAAUCAAAGUGAUCGGUAACAGGCGGUUCUCCAGUGCUCAGCAGGUCACGGCGGUAACGACGGUAAACAGCAUCGCCAGUCUUUACCAGGUAACUGCGCGGACCAGCAAAACCCACGCACUCGGCAGGUGACCAAACUUUCUCACCAGGAAGCCUCACACGCACAGUCUUGCCAAGGUUGAUGGACUUUAAAGGCUUCACAUGCCGAUCGUAAUAAUUCUUUUGGCGCCUUUUCCUUCCGGCCAACGCACGCACAUCACCACGUAGUGGAUAACUUGGUCUUAAAAGAGACUCCGACAUUGACAGAAAUAUACGACAUCGACGACCCAUCAGGCGCUGCGCAGGACUGGUAUCCAUUCCCUCAGAAGGUGUAUUUCGCCAGUUAAGUAGAGCUUGAAAUUGUGACACACUGGUUUCUUUGCAUUUCUCAAACAGACGUUUCACCGUUCUCACAGCGUUCUCAGCCUUGCCAUUUGACUGAGGCUAUCGAGAUGAUGUAGUGACAUGAUUGAAAGACCAACUCUUGGCGAACAAUUGAAACUCAUGAGAAGAAAACUGCGGUCCAUUAUCUGUCACCAGGAUAUCAGGAAUCCCAAAACGCGCAAACAUAGUCUUCAACUCGCGAACAACAACUUGCGUUGUGGUAGAGCGAAGACGCGCCACUUCGAUGUAGUUGCUAAAGUAAUCAGAAACAACCAAAAGGGUACGCCCAUGCAGUUCACACAGGUCAGCGGCUAACUUGGCCCAUGGUCUUGCAACUACUUCGUGAUAAAGGACCGGUUCCUUAGUUUGGGACGUACGAUGAGCCAAACAGACGUCACACUUGGAAACAUAAUCUUUGACAUCGGACGCCAUCAUAGGCCAAAAGAGGCAUUCCCGAACCCGCCGCAAACAACCUUGGAUACCAAUUCGGGUCGCAUGAGCCACGGACAUUAGUUCCUUGCGCAUACAAGCUGGAACAACCAAACGCGGGCCCUUGAACAACCAGCUCAUCACGCAGAUCAAAAUAAAGUCGAAGACACAUAGGAACGUCGAACUUUCUCUCAGGCCAACCACAUUGAAUAACAGUGCGCAACUGCUUCAGAGCUGGAUCAUCAGCCGAAACAUGGGUUAAAUGUUGCCAACGCUCGUCACUUACAGGUAAGUUAGCUCUGUGAUCAACCUCUUCCAGCUCCCGAACAAAAAUACAGGAAUUGACUUCAGGCAAAUAGGCUUAAAAUUUCCGCACCCAACAUCUUCUCUCCUUUCAGGUAAGUGAAAUCCAGACUGUACUUUUGCAGCCUGAGCAGCGUCCUCUGUAGACGGUUAGGGUCUGUACAAAGUUCUUUCCGGAAAAUGGACUCGAGGGGCUUGUGAUCUGUCUGCACUGGAACACAAUCACGGCCAUAAAUGUACGAAUCAAACUUCUCACUCGCGAAGACAAUCGCCAACAACUCCUUCUCUAUCUGGGCGUAAUUUACUUCCGUGUCAGUCAACGCGCGCGACGCAUAUGCCACAGGCUGCCCACCUUGUAGUAACGCCGCACCAAGGCCACGCUGAGAUGCGUCACAUUGAAUGGUAACAUCUUCUUUCAGAUUGUAAUAACGAAGCACAGGCGUAGCGGAAACUGCUUGCUUGAGGCGCUCAAACGCACUCCGUUGCGGCUCGUCCCAGAUCCACUCAGCAUCUUGGCGGGUGAGGUCUCUCAGUGGCUUUGUAAUAUCGGACAAACGCGGCAGAAACUUACUAAGGUACUGAGACAUAAACUAGGAUUCUUUGCACGCCAGCUACAUUUUCCAGCGGGGUCAUCUCCCGAAUUGCCCGAGCUUUAGAUGGAUCUGCGCGAAGACCUUCACCCGUGGCCACAUGACCAAUAAAAGCGACUUCUUUCAUUCUAAGCUACAACUUAUCGCUGUUCAAAUGAACUCCGCGCUCAUCACGUCUCUGAAGAAACGAUAGAAGAUUCCUGUCAUGGUCCUUAAUUGCAGACUGCCACGAUUCACCAUAACCGACAACAACAAUAUCAUCCGCGAUGACCUAAACACCCCUCAACCCUUCAAUCAACUCGUGCAUUUUACGCUGAAACACUUCAGGUGCAGAUCUGAUCCCGAACGGGAUAAUAUUAAGCGAAGUACAAAACGAAGACUCCUCAUCAAGAACAACGUGCCAGAACCCGUUGGAGACAUCAAGCGACGUGAAAACUUUAGCUCCGUGAAGACGGGAAGCUACUUCCUCAAUCAUUGGCCUAGGAUAGUUUUCUCGCUGCAAAGCACGAUUAAGAUCCAUCAGGUUCAAACAUAUGCGUAAUUUGCCAUUCUUCUUUGGUACGACAACCAUCGAGCUGAUCCAAGGGGUGGGCGUUGUCACUCGAGCAAUAAUUUCACGCUUCUCUAAAUCUUCCAGGGUCUCUCUAAGACGUUCGCGGAUCGCAACUGGAACUCUGCGAGGAGGAUGUUGAACUGGUCUAGCCGACUCAUCCAGCACCAUGUGAUAUUCGCCCGCAAGUGCACCCACGCCAUCAGCGAAGACACGGGGAAAGCUCUUAAUCAGCUGGUCAGCGGAGACUGGGGAACUGGCCGGAACAUCAUGUGUAUAAGCUUCACCAUCAGACUCCUUCGGUCGGUUUAACUGGUCGUUGUCUAGAUACUGGAUAGUGUUCAUUCCCAGGCACGCUUUCCUGCCAAGAAUAGGUCUGACGUUUUUUGCUGUCAACCAAAUUGCAGUCAAGCAGGCAUCUGAAAUCUCUACGCCAUACACGCAAACGAACUUUCCCGACGAUAGGAAUUGAAGUACCACCAUACGAAAUGAUCGCUGUAUUGACAGGGGUCACAUUGCACAAAUCAACAUCCUUAGUGGCUUUCUUGUAUAGAUGCAAAGGGACAACAUUGCACUGAGUUCCGGUAUCGGGAUGAAAACGAAGAUAAUUACCAGAUUCCAACUUCGGCGUUACCAGUUGAGGAUCAUCCAAUGUUACAGCCGAAAUUUCUUCCACUCCAAAAACUUCGUCCGAAAGCUCAUCUUCGAAACAAUACACAGAAUGCGUGCGAGUGGUGGGCUUAGGCGCGAGUCCAAAACAUACGUUCGCGAAAUGAUUUUUCUUGCCACACUUAUUGCAGCUCCUUCCAAAAGCUGGACAGUUCUCACGCUUCGCUAAGUCAUGCUCACGUGCGCAAAAUUCACAACUAUUUCCCCGUGUGUUAGCAUUUCUCGCGCCACGAACGCGCCUACGUUUCCCUCUUUUACGCUUUUUAGACAAAGCAUUCACGGUUCCGGCAUCUGAAACGCUUAAACCGGCAUCGCCGACAACCUUCAUCUGCUGUACCAUGGUCUCGUGAGAACGACAAAUCUCAUCAGUUUUCUCCAACGACAAAUUCUUCUCACGAAGAAGCCUCUCACGAACCUUUGAAUCGCGAAUUCCAAACGCGAGCUUGUCACGUAAAAUCUGAUCGGGGUUAAUCGAUUCGAACUCGCACCUUUCCGCUAACUGUCGAAGAGCUGUCCGAUAGUGAUCGUAAGACUCUCCCGAUUCUUGCAUUCUAGAAUAAAACUUAUAUCUUUCAAAAGGCACAUUUUUAAGUGGCUGACAGUACGCUGUAAACUUUUGUAACACAGGCUGAAUCUUGUUGUGGUCGGUGUCGCUCGCCCAAUUCGUUAACGUAGCGAAAACUUUCCGCGCUUCAGCUCCGACUACGGUAAGGAAUGUUGCAACUUGUACGGCUUCGGGUUCCUAGUGCAACUUUAUGGCAAUCAAGUAAUUCUUCCAAGCUUGCUCAAAAUCCUUCCACUUUUCUCCUGCGUUCGAAUCAUGAAUAUCAAGCGGUGGAGGCGGCGGUAAAGCAGACAAAGCACCUCUAACAUUCGACGUAUCUGCAGACGAAUUGGGCAAUGCAUAGGCCCCUUCUCCAGACACCAUGAAACACUUGUGAGAUACGAGGGGUACGAGGGAAAUAAGCUCUCUUUAAUAAUACAAGAGGUAACUUAAAUAUCCUGCUUAUUAAAUAUUCGCGUUGACGCAAUACGUAACUCUAAUCUUAAUAACAAAUACAACAAUGCACGCAUAGCACUUGUCACAGUAACUAAACAUUACUGAUCAACUUGUGGCCCCCUAAAAAAAUAAAAAUACAAUUUAUAAAAACUACUUUAGCAAUAAAUUAUUAUUCACGAUAAAAAAUUCCUAGAAUUCGAUAAAAAUAAAAAUAGAAAACUAUUAAAAACGAAGGGCAUCCAAUAUCCAUCUAUUGUCAUUAAUUUAGGUCAAACGAUCCCUUUGACUUCUGAGAAUUUAAAACUAUUUUCCAUAAUUCAGCCUUAAAGGAUUUCAAAGACCUCCUUGUUUUUAGUGAUCGCGGUAGAUUGUUCCAGUCCUUUAUAGUUCUUACAGCAAAGGUGCGUCCUCCCUCUGAGAUGUUCCUGUCAAGAGGGCACAAUAAGUUCACAUCACAAUUUCUCUUGUUUCUUAAGUGAACAUAGGAGUUUUCUCUCAGAGAUGCACUUAAAUAGUCGGGUAACUGACUACCACACUGGUACAGCCCUGCUGCCAUCUUAAAACAUAUGGGGAACGAGCUUUCUCCUUUAUUGCCCCAAAACUAUGGAAUACCCUCCCAUUAAACGUCGCAAGUCAGCAGAAUCUUUUAAAUCCACUCUUAAGACGUACCUUUUUAGAAAUUACUUUGAAUUGUAGGAAUCAUUAAUUAUUACGUUUUUUCAGGCUUUUUUUUUAAUGUUACCUAUUUUUCUUUAUCAUUCGCUGUUGUAAAGCACUGUUGGUUCAGUAGAGAAACAGCGCUAUAUAUGAUGAUGAUGAUGAUUAUUAUUAUUACAGACCGAAUUGGACUUCGCUCAGUCCUGUUAUCAUUACUAAUUACAAUAACAAUAAUAAUAAUGAUAAUGAUAAUAAUAAUAAUAUAGUCCAUGGGCCCGACCAGAUUUUCUUACCACUUCAGGGGAGAAAGAGUGACAUGUAUCAGUUUAAAGACUAACUUAAGUUGUUUAAAAUUUUUGAUGAUAGCAAUUUUUAACGGGCAGCUUUAUUAUUUUUUUUGGAAAUUAAAAAGAUGGAAAAUAGCCCUCUAUGAAAACCAGACGUUACAGAGAAAAUAAAGUGUCAGAGAAGAAACGAUAAACAUUGAACCUUCUAAAACGAAGAAAGAGAUGAAAUAUGUUUUCUUUUAUUCGAUGACACCAAUAAAGAAUAAAAACAACGUAAAAAUUGUUUUAUAGCGAUUUUACUUUCAGCUGCCUUUUAAUGCAUUAUGGGUAAUCCAAGACGGCGGACAAUCUCUCAGGUAAAUGGUUGGUCAGGAUUUCGAUGCACAAUAUGACAAUUUACAAUAUUAUAAUAAUGUCUUUGAAAUACAGUUAGACAAAAUUAAACAAUGUUUGCAGUAGUGUUCGGUAAAAAGUAUUCAAAAACUAAUUACCAGCCUUCAAGAUGUGAACUAGAUUUCAAAACUAUAGUUAUAAUGCAUCAGUUAAUUCCACCUGCGUCCAGCUCCCCCCCCCCCCCGGGCUGACCCCGGGGCAUUGGCAUUCUUUUUGCCUUGGAUGGGAAAUGCCCGGGGAUGGGGACUUUUGAGCUGUCAAUUUCCCCGGGGUGGGGACAGAAAAAGAGGGCAAAUGCCCCGUCCUCCGUCAACACUGCAACAUUUUUCAUUGAUCGCCCAGUCGAAUAGUUUCAUUUUAAGCAUUUUAAUGUGCGAUUUUUUGUUUCAAUUAACGUCUUCCUUUGUAAUAGCACUAGGAUUCUAACGACGCGCUAGGAUUCUAACGAUUCUAACGACGACACGACGACAUGACGACAUGCACCAGUUUAUGGUUUUAGUGUUGAUAUCAAAUUAUUGACAUUAAAUUAAUAGAACGCUAUAAAGUUAUAUGUUAUGAAUAGUUUUAUAAUCUUCAGAUAAUAUCAACAGAAAUUUGAUUCAAUAACCAAAAAACGUUGAUUCACAUCGACAGCUCCAAUUUCGCUUUGUCAUUUGGCUUGAUAAGCAAUGAAGAAAUGCAUGCAUGAAAUCGAGAAAAUGCCUUUACAACCGUCUUCAAUUUAUUCCUGUCCUUGACAGAUGAGCCAAUCUGCUUUUUUUCCAGUAAAACCCUCUGUGUAGUUAUAUUCUGAUAGGAAACCGCGUGCGUGUUUAAAAGCUUGGGAAUGGCCCCGGGGUUGAAAAAUGCCCGGCCGCCGGGCAGUGAAAAAUUUGCAAAUGCCCCACCCCCGGGACUGACGAAGCAGGCAAAUGCCCCGCAGUAGCCCGGGGGGGGAGGGGAUGGGCGCAGGUGGAAUUGAUUGAUGCAUAAGUCGACUUAACGUUUCAUUUUCCGAUUUCUAUCUUUGUACAAACAUUAUUAUUACUGGAUAAAUUUCACCGGAGGUGUAUGAAAGAGAAGCUGACUAGUGCUAUGAGGGAUUUAGAAGAAAAACUUGAGAUUUGUUUAAGUUCCAGACAGUGUAAUGUUGGUUUUUUUUUCUUUUACUGGCCUACUUUCACGAAAGUCUCCCAAAUAUAGCCUUGUUAUCUUAAUUUUUUAGGAAAUAAACAUAAGAGGAUUAUCAAUAUAGAAUCAGAUGGAACCCCUAACAAACGUCCUUGUGUGGAAAUGAGAAAUGACUGUUUAGAUAUAGUUCAUUGUACCAAAGAUUCUGGUGACCUGUAUUCAGUGCAAGACUUGCAGUCAUGGAAAACGCUUCUAAGAGCCGCCGAAGUUCGGCAGUACGUACCAAUUUUAGAUCGCGCCAAAGCAGUGGGUGGAGAAGAACUUCCAACCAUUACGUACUACCGUAAAUGCCGCAAUAUUUUUACAUUGAAAAGAGAUCUUGAGAGAUGUUGAAAAGAUAUGUAAAGAGAGAAUUCAAUGCAAUGAACCAGAAUUAUCAGAAAGAAGAUCCUCUAUUCGGGAACCCCCAACAAAAAGCACAACGUAUAAACGAGUUUGCAUUUUCUUGACAAAGUUAGUAAGUACGCUAAAGGCAAAGAUGUACGGGAGAAACUGAUUCAAGGCAUUGAUCUGCGUGCAGACGAAAAUAUCAGGAAGACUGGGUUGGCAAAGAAUGAUAGCAAAUUAUUAGCUAUUGUGUCACGAGAUUUGGUAGCAGUUGAGGCAUGCUAUCACGGAACUUGCUACAGAGAACACACCUGACCAAAGCCAGAAACAGGCACAUCCUCGACUUUAUCAUUUACAUCUCAGGAUGACGAAUAUGCUUGCACUGAGGCAGCAGCGUAUGAGAAGCUUUUCGAUUACGUCAGGAAUAACGUGCUGGUGACGCCUAAUCUAAUAAGGCUCACUGAUCUAAUACUCAAACGAUGAUCUCCUACAUGAAAGAUCUGGGCAUUAAGGAAACUAAAGAGUCCUCCAAGACACAUCUUCGCAGGAAACUUCAAGCAGAGUUUGGGAGUUUAUUACAGUUUGAAGACCUGCUUGGUAACAACAGAACCUUUAUUAUCCAUGCCAAUUUGUCACGACUUCAGUUGGCUAAAGAAGUAGCGCGAUUACAGCAUCUGCAGUGCGAAGAUCAAGCAUCAUUAAUAGAUGACAUCCGACGAGUUUCUCUAGAACUUGGGAAAGCCAUAUGUUUCAAAGAAAUCGAGAUGUCGUGGCCUCCUAAGCCUUCCCAGCUCACUGAAGAGGAAAUAAAUCUCCCUGAUGAAGUUAGAGUGUUUCUAGCUACCUUUUCAACAGGAAAGUCAAAGUAUCCAGAAGAAACAUGCUCAUCAAAAGAUGAUCGCUAUGAUCGCUGCGAUCGCUGAACUUUUUUUUUUCUUAGCGAUCAUAUGGAAAAUAGGCUUUAAGUAGAAGUAGUUGCGUUAGGGAAUAAAAUUGGAAGAAGCUAGUUGACGCUAAUUAGAUAUUGUUUUAUUGAGUGGAAUAACAUGAUAUGAGUAGAAAUAUAUUUCGGCAGUUUGAAAAUUUUCUUGGAUUAGGAAAUGAAUGUUAGGCUAUCAACCUUAACGUACGGUGCUUGAAGCGUAAUUUAAUUGCAGAUACAAUCAUGUAUUCGUUGUAAAGCCGAGGUGAUUUUUUAAAAUCGUUUUAGGAAGUUUUCUUGAAAACAAUUUGAGUUGUUUUAGGUACGAAUCGUAAAAGGAACAAAGUCCAACAUCUUCACGUGCAAACUGUAUGAUUGAAUGAUAGAAUUCCCUCACGUACGAACCACGCACGAAAGGGGCAAAGCCCGACACUUUCACGUGCAAACUGUAUGAUUCUACAUCUCAUGCUGGCUUUUCACAGUAAUAAUAAUAACUUGAACGUAUGUGGCCUCCCAGGCAGGCGUUUUUAGGGGAGCUCGUUUUUCAUCCCUCCCCACAAACGCCUGCUCAACCGAAAACAACAUUCCUUUCCCACUGUUUUAUUUGCUUGGUAAGUGACCAAUCAACAAUUUUGAAAUAAAGUGUUGAAAGACUAAAACACGACUAAAACGUGACGCUAGAGUUACCGUUUUCCUUCUUUUCUUUUCUUCGCUAAGGUUAUGGAGUGCAUGGAGUAUUCUAAAAUUAGACUAAAUCUUACUUUUGCCGCUCUUAAUCUAAUAUUUUCCAGAGGUCAGAAAGCUUUCCCAUUGUUUCAUGCAGAUCGAGUAAUUAUCAGAUUACCCUGCGGUCAAGGUCAACUUUCCAGAAUUUGGAAUGUACAAUGUGAUUGGCUAAGCUUGGGAAAGGAAGGUUGUUCUCGGUUGAGCAGGCGUUUGUGGGGAGGGAUGAAAAACGAGCUCCCCUAUAAACGCCUGCGUGGGAGGCUAGAACGUAUGAAGACAUCUUUAGUUUUGUAACUAGUGCCUAAGCAAACUAGGCUCUUUUCUUUUAAGAAGCAAAAACUCAUAACACUCUUAAGUAUCUCUUAGAAUUAAGUGGUCAGAGUAAAAGACUGUUUCAUUAAAGUAGAGUCGCACCUGAUAACUUCGUGAAUAUUACAACCAUCUAUAACAAUGAUGAAAAUCUUAGUAUUCGACGACCUUCAUUAUUUUAAGAAACGAUAAAGAAACCUUGAAACCUUCGAGUCUUCCCUCUAAGCAACGUUUGGUGAGUUGAUAUUCAUAGUACUUUAACAAUUUGUUUAUUUUGCACCAGAUGUCUGAGAGAAAGACAAAGAAAAGUGAAUUUAUCAGAUCGAAUCAGCUAUGCGCUGCGGUUCUCGUUUUCAUUAAUGUACAGCAAUACCCAAUUCCGCACAAAACAGAGCCUUAAUUUAAGAUUAAGACAGUAGAUACUGUUACACUGAAGCAUUCAAAAUAGCUCAUGCACGUAAAACGUGCCUAUGUUUUGUGCAGGCUGUUGUUCCAAGCAAAAAGAUAGUAAACCAUUCAAUGAAAAUGCUUUAUUCUUGAUAAAAUGUAUUUACUUUUUACCAAUCUCUUAGCCAUGUUAGAAGCUUUAUUUUGUGAAUCUAACUUCCUUUAAAACAAAAUAUGGCUGCUCUCUCUACAUAUUGGAGCUUUUUUUGCAGCAGGCUCGUUCAAUGUUGGUUUAGCUGUUGGAUUAUGUCUUGGUAUCCUCUCACUGGUUACUUCCGUGGUCAUAGGAACGCUAUGGUAUAAAAAGUCAAGACGUUCUAAAAAGGUAAACGUUUACGCCUUUCACACGUGCCUGUGUAACAAAAACAACAGGAAGCAUGAAAUACUACCAUAUUUUAAACUUAUUUUUACGUCGAUGACAAGAAUAGUAUAAUAGCAGAAAACCCAGUCGGAAUAACUUAAAGAGACAAACAGGCUGUGUGGUUUCAUUCAUGGUGGCUUAAGAAAAAGAAGAAAAGAAAUUAAUCAAAGCGUAUAUUAAGUACUGAACAUGGAAAUUAAAGUUGUUGAUGACAGAGUGACAGUGUAUACUGGCGUGAAUAAUUCAUCGAGAAGCGAGCGGAAGUGAGGUUAAUAAAUCUGUCGGAAUUUGCUUUGCCCGUGGCUCUCACGAAAUAGCCAAGCGAAGUGUCAUCUUGCUUUGGUCAUAAAUCUUUCUAUCGGUUUGGUAUCCAGAGUUUCCUAGCAACGAUGUCGCGACUAAGCUCCAAUUAACGUCAUUCAGUCUGACGUCUCGUCUCAGUAGGUGCAUUUUUCGGUUUCCAGGCAACACUUCCAUGGAGCCGGUUGACGUCAAGGAGCAUAGACCAAUUCGGCUAACUCAAUGUUGUACCCAAUUCAAACCCUUUAUUUUUUUAAAUGUGAAUUCCACCUUGCUAUAUAGAUUUAGCCACAGCUAAAAGCGAAGCUCCCAUUGACAAAUUUAUGACUUAAAUCAAACAAUAAUUUUGUAUUCCACAAAUCAGUUAACUUAAGGGCACAUUCAUGUGACUUUUGAGGGAAAAGCUAAGUGAUUUUGGAGUGAAACAAAGCUUGUAUCGAGUUGAUAUAACCUUAUAUGUACACCCCCAAAAUAGUCGUCGGUCACAUUUAAGAGCAAUAAUGGCUCUUGAUCACAGUAGAUAAGGCGCGGAAAACAAAUUCUUGGAAAACAAAUCAGGCCGAAUUUUUUGCGUUCGACAAGUUUACAAAUUCUUGCCAAUAAAUCUGGGUUCGUGCAAACCAUUCUUUUAUUUUUUUUAUCCACCACAUCUGAGGAGAAAUCGAGUAGGCAGCAUAAAUUAUUUUUUCUAAGGUGUAACGUAAAUUGUCGAAAGAGGGUCUAAUUUUGUUUAAUUUUCGCCAUAUGUUUGAACUUGAAAUCAGAUUUAAUUGGUGACUUGGAAGAUUGUGUGUUAAUUUGUCAUGCUGUUUGGGAGCAGAGACAUUUGAUGUCUGGGCCUUGCAUGAAGUUAUACUUUGAAAGUUAAUGAUUAAUUUUCGUUUGUUUGUUAUUAAUAGCAACACGUCAUUGAACCUCCAAGUGGUAUGACUGCAAGAAAUUCUAUGGGGGAAGAGAUUGAUGCUAUGUCUACACAUGAUCACAAAGACAACAGUAACGGUAUUAUAGAUUCUGUUCAAGAGGAAAGAAGAGUACAGCUCCUUGGCGACAUAACCGAAAUAUCCUCUGUAUCAAGGCCGUCUGCCGGUACUUAAAGAACGUUUGAUCCUUAAAACCAACUUUUGACAACAGCGUUUAACAAAAAAAUGUCAUUACUACUCAUGGUGGCAGCAGCGGGGAAAUUUAAAAGAAACAUUGUAAUUCUAAUUCAUAUAUUGCAUGACUGAGGCUUGUUUGAAUUUAAGUGGUACAAUAUCCACAAAUUGCCCUGCCUUAGAGUUCCCCUGCUGCCUGCAUUUUUUUUUUUCUUCAGAGCAAAAUUAUUCCGAAAAAAUUAUGUUUUAAGCGAAAGAGCAAAAUCUCCCUACUAGAGCGGCAACAGAAUCGAAGUCAUUUAUGCCGUUAAUUUGGAAAGACAUUUGAUUUGUACAACGGUCGUUGCUACAAGAGUAACAAGCAAAUAAAAUGGACUUAAAAGUCUUUUCUUUUUCGAUAUCGCUAACCAAUUCCGUGCAGACUGGAAAACAAGAAACUAUUUUGAUCCAGUUGGUUGAAUUACAAAACCUUCCUCACCAUUUACCAGCUUCAGAUUUUUAACCUUAAAAAGCUCCAAAAUACGACCGCACACCACAUCAAACAACAUCUUAGCCUCUUCCGUUGUGAAAUCUGCUCCAGGAAAAAUAACUUAUGCUGCCUACUCGAUUUCGGCAGGCAAUGAUCUGAUUGGUGGAAGUCGUAACAACAAAUCCACGCUUCCAGUCGUCUUUUCGGGAAGAAGCGCGCUCAUUUCCCAAAAAAGGCCUCGAAAUUGAGGUUAUUUUAACAAGGGAGAUUCCUGCUAAAAACACCAACAACAAUCGCCAAUAAUUUAACGUUUCUGUUUGUCUUAAUUGCUUGUCUAUUCCUUUUUUGGACGACGUAGAAGACUCUAGAAUUGUCCUGGCAUUUUCCUCUCGGUUCUAUUAUUGGAAAUACUUUGUUUAACCCGACUACGACAAAUAUUUAGCUUAGUUUUAUUUUGCCCAAAAAGCAAAACAAAAACCCUCUGACAUUUCUUUUUAAAUUUUAUAGGCAACAGACUUACUAAGUUCAUAAGUCAAGGCCCUUUUUUUAUAGCAAAACAGUGCAAACACCCAAAACAGGACGCUCCGAAACACAAAGGUAUUGGCUCUAACAACUGAAGAUGUGCGUCUCAAAAUAUGAAAAAUACCCUUGGUGCUAUACCACAAAGAAUACGAUGCUGUGUUCAUUCAAGAGAAAACUAAGGACCUGGAUGUUCGAAAUCUGUCCUCCUUUUUGAGACUUUACUAAACUAUUACAUUUUUUUUAGCAGCAAGUAAAAAUCUCUAUGGUAUUUUAGCAUGCGAAAAUAGCCGUCUCUUCUCGCUACUCGCCGCUAGGGAGUCGUUUCCCCAGGAGGGACGUCAGGGACUAAAAUUCCAUACUGAUGACUAAAAAUCUGUCCGGAAUCUGGUCAGGAGCUCUGAUUGGCCGACGGAGUAGUUGUAUUGUUUUAGCUAUUGUUUACGAAUGACCGGCAAAGACAAAGGGCCACGAAGAACAAAUGAAAAUGUGAUGAAUCUACUACAAAACAGUCAAUAUUCGUGGAAUAUAUAUUUCCUUACAAGAAGCGUCUGAGUUUUGCUGGAGCUCGUUCGCAGAAGAACCCAAAACUUUACCGUAAUCGACCAGGAGAAACAUAAAAUCGAAGAACUAUUCAUUUGGAACCCCGUAUAUGUAAACAUCAAUUUCAUCAUCAGUGUGGAAUUUCUGUUGCUGAGGGGCAGACGUCCCUCCUGGUGAAACUUCCCUAGCGGCGAGGAGCCAGGAGAGACCGCUGUUUUCUCGGGCUAAUGGUAUUUAUCCUCUCCAUGUGAAGAGUUAAUUUAAGUUGUUUUCGUGGUUGAAACACUGCAAGAGGCUACUGCUGGUAACUUGAUAAACCAUAAAUCUGUCCCUUUCCAGGGCAAGUUUGUGUCGACAAGUCAAAACAGCGGUUUCACACAAGUGUGUUGCCCAGCCCAACACCCGUUGACAUGCCUGCCAAAAGAACAGUGGAGCCCAGCAAACCGAAGGCUGGCAAGAUGCGCAUUUAUAACAUCGGGAAAGACAGCACUUGCAUCGGACAAGAAAAUGCUUUGCAUGGAGAAAGGUACAAUUAG